AUGGAUAGCCUCCGUGCAGCAAAUACCACUUUUGCACUCGACCUCUUAAGAAAGCUGUGUGAGAACAAAAGCGGGCAGAAUCUAUUCUUUUCUCCUUUUAGUAUUUCUUCUGCGUUGUCUAUGAUUUUGCUGGGUUCAAAAGGUAACACCGAAGCUCAAAUAGCAAAGGUAUGUCUAAAUAAACUUGGUGAUGCUCACAAUGGGUAUCAAUCACUUCUCUCUGAAAUUAAUGAUCCAAACACCAAAUAUAUACUGAGAACUGCUAACCGACUUUAUGGAGAACAGACAUUUGAGUUUCUCUCG